GCGCAACGCGAGCACGUGCCAAGACAACAAUCACUCAGGCUGAACCGGAGCCGCCCCAACCUAUCGCUCCACCAAGGAAAUGUUAAGGAGAGCCCCGACUACGGCAGACGGGAAGGUAGUUGACAGGCUUCAAGAAAGCACUCGUAUCAACAAGCCCUUCCGACCCCCCAGCUUCACUAUUAACCUUGAACGUAUCCAACCUCAGCGGAAACGAAAACGAGUUUCAUACAAGGACCAACAGGGUGAGGACUCUGAUAGCGAUGAUGAAGGAUCCAAAAAGAAGAAGAAAAAGAAGGAUGAUAGAGAUUAUAUGAACGAGGACGAGCUCUUGGCUGCUGUCAAGCAGUAUCCGGUGUUCAAACCCAAGCCUUUUAACCAAGUCCGACGAUUCUCAAUGCCAUCGAUGCGGAAUAAGGAUGGACACGAUGUCAUUCUAGUACCGUCAAAUGUGUCUCUUGGUAUCCGUCCUCAGGCAAAGCUAAUCCCAAGACCUCUUCACGAUCCUAUGGAAGACCAUGCCAUUGUGCUUUAUGACCCGACCAUUGAUGACAGGGAGACAGAGGAAGAGAAGAUGGAGAGAGAGAAGCUAGAAGCCAAGGAGAGGGCGAUGAAGGAGGCUGAGGCAAAGACCGCGGGCAUGUUCAAUCCUCAUAAAAGUCUGAAGGUCAUGCUGGGCGAAGGGAAGGAUAAGAAAGAUAAAGUGGGGAAGGUUCCGGUCGUCAUUGAUCCCCGGCUGUCCAAGGUGCUACGACCUCAUCAAGUCGAAGGCGUAAAAUUCUUAUACAAAUGCACAACAGGAAUGAUGGUCGACAACCAGUAUGGUUGUAUUAUGGCCGACGAGAUGGGUCUUGGAAAGACCUUACAGUGUAUUGCUCUCAUGUGGACCUUGAUCAAGCAAUCUCCAUAUGCCAGCAAACCUUCCAUCGAGAAAUGUAUCAUCGCCUGUCCAUCAAGUCUCGUAAAAAAUUGGGCCAACGAACUUAUCAAAUGGUUAGGCCCUGACGCUAUCAACGCUCUGGCUGUAGACGGUAAAGGGGGUAAAGCUGAGCUCUUACCCAAGGUAGCUCAGUGGGUAGCUGCUUGUGGACGAAAUGUCACACAGCCUGUGAUGAUCGUCUCCUAUGAGACGCUACGAACUCUAACGGCUUAUCUCGCAAACUGCAAGAUUGGACUAUUACUCUGUGAUGAAGGACAUCGAUUGAAGAACUCUGACUCCCUUACCUUCCAAGCACUCAAUGGACUCGACGUGAAACGACGCGUCAUCCUCACUGGAACACCAAUCCAAAACGAUCUGUCUGAGUACUUUUCCCUUCUCAAUUUCGCAAAUCCCAAUUAUCUUGGUUCCAAAAAUGAUUUCAAGAAAAACUUUGAGAAUCACAUCAUCCGUGGAAGAGACGCUUCAGCAAGUGACGCUUUCAAAGCCGAAAGUGAAAAGAAGUUGAAAGAACUUGGCGGCCUGGUGACUAAAUUUAUCAUUCGUCGAACAAACGAUCUCCUUUCCAAAUAUCUCCCCGUCAAAUACGAACAAGUCGUAUUCUGCGGCUUGUCUGAAUUCCAGUUAUCACUUUAUCGUCUCUUCAUUUCUUCGCCCGAAAUCAAAGCCCUUCUUCGAGGAACCGAGUCUCAACCCCUCAAGGCCAUUAAUAUUCUGAAGAAACUUUGCAACCAUCCCGAGCUCCUAAAUUUGCCUGACGAUCUCAAGGGUUCUGAUCAUCUAAUUCCAGAGGGUUUUUGUGGCGCUGGCCAAACCGCCGCCAAAUCAAGAGGCAAAAAUAGCCAAAAUGUUCGUUGUGACUGGAGUGGCAAGUUCUUGGUACUGGAAAGAUUCCUUACCCAGCUUAGAGCGCAGACUACCGAUAAGAUUGUUUUAAUUAGCAAUUACACCCAGACGCUUGACCUGUUCGAGAAAUUAUGUCGGACCAAGAAAUAUGGGUUCUUCAGACUCGAUGGCUCGAUGAGCAUUACAAAGAGACAAAAACUAGUUGAUCAGUUUAAUAAUCCUGAAGGGAAGGAGUUUAUCUUUCUGCUCAGUAGUAAAGCUGGAGGAUGCGGUAUCAACCUUAUUGGCGCGAAUCGACUUAUUCUUUUCGACCCGGAUUGGAAUCCAGCUGCCGAUCAACAAGCUCUCGCUCGAGUGUGGCGUGACGGACAAAAGAAAGAAUGUUUUGUCUAUCGUUUCAUCUCAACCGGGACGAUAGAGGAAAAAAUCUUCCAACGUCAAGCUAAUAAACAGGCGCUUUCUUCAGCUGUGGUAGACGAGAAGGAGGACACGGAGCGCCACUUUACACUAGAUGCAUUGCGACAGUUGUUUUUGUUCAAUGAGAAGACGCUGUGCGAGACGCACGAGACGUUCAAGUGUAAACGAUGCAAGAAUGGAAGGCAGAUGAUCAAAUCUCCAGCCCUACUGUAUGGAGAUGCCAGCACGUGGAAUCAUUUUACCAAUGAAGAGUUGAAGGGCAACCAUGACGAUCUGCUCCGGGCUGAGGUUGGCCUUCCGGAGGUUUCUUUCGUGUUCCAGUAUAUCAGUCAUUGAACUGAAGCUCUUUUUUUCCAUGGAUCUUGGGUUCGUUUAUUGAGUAACAUUCUUCAUUUAUACAAUUUGCAUGAUUAU